CCCACAUUAAAUGGCUACCCAAAGUUAGCCCUUGAUAACGUUAGCGACACAGUGCUUGAUAAAGAAGGACAUGCUCGCUGUUUUGAGUACAUGCACAUCUUUUUGCUGGAGUAAAUGACUGUCAUGUCUUGUUGACUGCCGUACAGUAAAGUCUGUAACGAUAAAAAAGAUGUCAACUUUAACCAAACAACCAAGUUAACGUUAGCAAGUCACAAGCAAGAGUCUGGGACAGCGGAGGAUUCGCCUUAGCAACAGUUGCAGCAGUGAUCAACAGCACACAAAUCCACCAUGAGAUUGAAAACAUCGCUGCUAAAGGAACCCAAACAUAAGGAACUUGUGAGUUGUGUUGGCUGGACCACAUCUGAUGAGCUGUACUCAUGCAGUGAGGACCACCAGAUCCUCAAGUGGAACUUGUUGACCAAUGAUACCAGUUUGGUUGUCAGGUUGCCAGAGGACAUUUAUCCCAUUGACCUGCACUGGUUCCCCAAAGCCAUUGGCGGCAAGAAACAGACCCAGACAGAGAUCUUUGUACUCACCAGCACUGAUGGGAAAUUCCACCUGACCUCCAAGUUAGGGCGCAUUGAGAAGAGUGUUGAAGCACACAAAGGAGCUGUUUUGGCUGGCAGAUGGAACUAUGAUGGCACUGCUCUCAUCACAGCUGGAGAGGAUGGGCAGAUCAAGAUCUGGUCCAAAAGUGGGAUGCUGCGCUCAACAUUAGCCAGCCAAGGGUCUCCUGUGUAUUCUGUUGCCUGGGGUCCGGACUCAGACAGAAUCCUCUACACAUCAGGUCGACAGCUGGUCAUCAAGCCUCUGCAGCCCAGCUCUAAAGUCAUACAAUGGAAGGCUCACGAUGGGGUUGUCCUGAAGGUGGACUGGAAUUCAGUCAAUGAUCUCAUACUGUCAGGUGGAGAGGACUGUAAAUACAAGGUAUGGGACAGCUUUGGUCGUCUUCUUUACUCCUCAUCAUCUCAUGACUACCCAGUCACCUCGUUGUCCUGGGCUCCAGAUGGAGAAGUGUUUGCCAUGGGCUCCUUCAACACCCUGCGGCUCUGUGAUAAGACUGGAUGGUCCUACGCGUUGGAGAAGCCCAACACAGGCAGCAUGUUCAGCUUGGCCUGGUCUGCAGACGGCACCCAGCUGGCCGGGGCCUGCGGAAACGGACAUGUCAUCUUUGCCCAUGUGGUGGAGCAGCACUGGGAGUGGAAGAACUUUGUGAUCACACUCACCAAGAGGAGAACCAUGCAGGUGAGGAAUGUGAUCAAUGAUGCAGUGGACGUGUUGGAGUUCAGAGAUCGGGUCAUCAAAGCAUCUCUUGCGUAUGGUCAUCUAGUGGUGGUCACCUCCCUGCAAUGCUACGUUUACAACUCAAGAAAUUGGAAUACUCCCCUCAUCUUUGACCUGAAGGAGGGAACCGUCAGCCUCAUCCUGCAAGCAGAGAAACAUUUUCUGCUAGUGGAUGGAGCAGGGUUGUAUACCUUCUCCUAUGAAGGUCGACUGAUAUCCUCCCCUAAGUUCCCUGGUAUGAGAGCUGACAUCCUCAAUGCCCAGGGUGUCUCACUUAGCAACGACACCAUUGCCAUUCGAGAUAAGAGUGAUGAAAAAGUCAUCCUUCUCUUUGAUGCCCUCACUGGGAAAGCUCUUGGCGAUGGAAAGCCCUUGACUCACAAGCUGGAGGUGGUGGAGAUAGCUCUGGACCAGUGUGGCCCAUCCACUGAAAGGAAGAUUGCCCUGAUAGACAAGAACCGUGACCUUUACUUGACCUCUGUACGUCAUCUGGGGCGAGAACCCAAAAUCUGCAAAAUGGGUAGCAUGAUUCACAAUAUGGCAUGGAAUGAUUCUGCUAACAUCCUCUGUGGUAUCCAAGACAACCAGUUCACAGUGUGGUACUACCCUAGUGUUGUCUUCACUGACAAGGAGCUGCUGCCAAAAACAUUGUACAUAAAGGACGGCAGUGAGUUCAGCCGUGCACCCCACAUUCUGAACUAUGUGGGCACCAAGGUGACGUUACGCCAAGGAGAUGGUUCAUUAGUGUACAGCAGUGUGCCUCCCUACCCAGCUCUCCUUCACGAAUACAGCACCUCUGCACGCUGGGAGGAUGCACUGCGCCUCUGCCGCUUUGCCAAAGACCAGUCUUUGUGGGCAUGUCUUGCUGGCAUGGCAGUGGCCAACAGGGAGCUGACCACAGCAGAGAUGGCUUAUGCUGCCAUUGGAGAGUUACCAAGAGUGCAGUACAUCAACUUCAUAAAGGAGCAGCCGUCUAAGGAGUCAUCUUUGGCCCACAUGUUGCUGUUCAGUGGUCAGGUCCAGGAGGCUGAGGCCACUCUGUUACAAGCUGGUCUCAUCUACCAAGCCAUACAAGUGAACAUUGACCUUUUCAACUGGGAGAGGGCACUGGAGCUAGCAGUCAAACACAAGACCCAUGUGGACACUGUGCUGGCCUAUAGAAAGAAGUUCCUACAGAAAUUUGGCAGAAAGGAGACCAAUAAGAGAUUCCUGCAGUAUGCUGAAGGGGUUGAGGUGGACUGGGAGAAAAUCCAGGCAAAGAUAGAGAUGGAGUUGUCUAAGGAGAGAGAGAAAGCCGCUAAUGCCUCUGUCAGGAGCAGCUUGGCCUCGCGACGUUAAUGUUCAGGCGACCAUUCUCUAAAACAUCAGCUUUGCAGGAAUUGAUUCCCAUGUGUUUUUGACAUUUGGUGGAUAUUAGGUGGUUUGGCCUAGCAUCAGAGUAAUAAAAGAAUGUCUGUACUUGAGGUAUAAUCUCCACCAUUAGUUUUAAAUACAUUAUCUUAAAGUAAAAACAAAAGGGAACAGUAAGAGAUGUGAGGAUUAGUAGGCCAUUAAAGAUAUUACACUUGACUUUGACUGUUACACUAUAAACUUGUGGUGUAUGCUGUAUAAUAUAAGACAUUUGCGCAACAUUGUACAAGGCAUUCUGCUACUGUGGGUGGAUAACUUGACUCAUAGAAUAUCAGUAAGGGUAUCUGUAUUUCUCAGUAACACCACUAUGGCCUUUUUGUCAUAUCAGCUUCUCAAAUAUUUCAGUGUCUCAAGUUCAAAGUUAAUUAUUACUUUUUCCCAUUUAUCAAAAUGAAUUUGGUUGAAUCAGUGACUAUGACUAUUACAUGUUUGAUGUUGUCUUUAUAUGUAGAUAUUUUUUUACACUUUAUG